GGUUUUGAAGCGAAAUAGCUAUUAGACGAGUAAAUGUCGUGGCAAAUCGUGACUGGGUGUUCUGUUGUGUUUAUUAAGGAAUAUAUAUUUAGAAGUGCAUGUGUGAAGAUAACGACAGAGUGACGUAAAUUAUGACAAGUAAGGCCAGCGUGUACCUUGACUACAAUGCCACAACUCCCCUGGAGCCAGACGUGUUGACAGCUAUCCACGACACCCUGCGUGAUGCAUGGGGGAACCCUUCCAGCUCAUACAAACAAGGACAGAGGGCUAAGGCCAUAAUACAUGAAGCCAGGGGAAAUGUGGCGUCCAUGAUCGGAGCAAAGCCUUCAGACAUCAUCUUCACGUCAGGGGGGACAGAGGGUAAUAACUGGAUCCUGGACACUGCUGUGAAGUUUUACCACGAUGACCGGAGUCAAGAUUGUAAAGGAAACACAGGGGACUCCAACAAGCGGCUGCCACACUUCAUCACAUCCAACCUGGAACACGACUCCAUUAAACUGGUGCUGGAACACAUGGUGGCUGCAGAGGUAGCAGAGUGUACCUUUGUGUCGGCCUCCAAGCUGAGCGGGCGAGUUGAGGUCGAGGAUGUUCUGAGUGCAGUGCGCCCCAACACCAUCAUGGUGACAGUCAUGCUGGCCAACAACGAGACAGGUGUUAUACAGCCAAUCUCAGAGAUAUUUUCUCAAGUGCGGAGUCUCAAGCGCCUGACCGGUGAGACCUCCAAGAUCCUGCUCCAUACUGAUGCUGCACAGGCUUUAGGCAAGGUCAAGGUCGAUGUCAGUGACAUUCAUGCGGACUACCUUACUAUUGUGGGGCAUAAGUUCUAUGCUCCAAGAGUUGGCGCCAUCUAUGUACGUGAUAUAGACAAGGGGACACCACUCUACCCUUUAUUCUUUGGUGGAGGACAGGAGAGGAAUUUCCGACCAGGGACAGAAAAUGGUGGCAUGAUUGCUGGUCUUGGCAAGGCAGCAGAGCUCGUGGUUAGGAAUAUUGACGCCUAUGAGAAACACCUUAGGGAUGUCCGGGAUUACCUAGAGGAGGAGUUAGAGAGAGAAUUUGGAGACAUGAUCCACAUCAAUGGUAAAUUCAAGACUAGCCAGAGACUUCCAAACACAUGCAACUUUUCCUUCAAAGGUAAAGGUCUGGAAGGUCACAAGGUGCUGAACAAGGCUGCGUGUAUUCAGGCCAGUGUCGGGGCAGCAUGUCACGCUCAGAACAGGGCCUCCCCUAUUCUUCUGGCCAUUGGUAUCCCGGAGGACAUUGCCAGAAAUGCUUUGCGUUUCUCGGUUGGGAGGGAGACCUCCAAAAGAGACAUUGACAUUGCUAUCCGAGAUCUCAAGACGUGUGUCCAAGCCUUAACACUGGAAACCCAUUAAGUCGGUUCCCGACGGAUAUUGAGCUGUUCACUGGACAGGAUUAUCUCCAUCCUUCACCUUUCACUGUUUUUUUUCUCACGUACAGGGUAAUAAAGAUAUUUUACAAUAAA